AACCAAUUCCAUGCAUCUUCUCCCUCCGAUCAAGUAGAAUCUGAAAUUUCCGGUCAUCUCCAACAGACCCGCCGUCCAUCCUGUUAGUCUUUUUCUGCAAUCAAUGAAGAGAACCCAUAGCUCAGUCUAUCACACCGAAAUCAAUCCAAGAUUCGCUAGAGAUUGAGAUGGGGCACAUGGGGAGUGAUGUUUUAGCAGCUUGGCUUAGUUGGCUUUUGGAAGAGCUAGAAUGCUCAAACAGAGCAUAGCUGCAUCGGAGGCUGAGAGAGGAAGUUCACAGGGUAACUCUUCAAGCUCAAACAUCUUAAAGCAAGAAAUAGUCCAAAGUUUUCAUGGCUAUCCCAUCUUCAACCAGAGCCAUUGUUUUCCAUCACCUUGCAUCAGCUUCAAGAAAGAUCCCCUCUUUCCCAAAUCACAAAAUACAAUUCCUUUCCACAAAAUCCACAAACCCUCCCAAAUUUCAUUACAAGUCCCAUAACAAAAAGCAGUUUUUUCUGGUCAAUCUUCUACAAAGGUAUGGCUUCCCUCCAUCUCAAUUCAGCAGUUUCCUUGAAAGAAAUAAGUUUUUGUUGAAAUCCAAUUUGAAUGACAUUGAGAAGUCUCUGUUUAUUCUGUCAUCUUUUGGACUUCCAAAGAAAUCCCUUGUUUCUUUGGUUUCUGGCUGCCCUGGGGUUUUAGGACUUGAGUUCUUGAAGAAAUGGCGAGUAGUUUGUUUGAAAAUUGGGGACUUGGGUGUCUCUCCGUUGGUUGUUAGGAAUGUUUUGGAGAUUUCUAGGAGAUUCCAGAUUGAACCAGAUCGAUGUUUGGAGAGCUUGAGGGUUUUGAAGGGUUUAGGGUUUAGUGCUUGUACUGCCAGUAAGGUUUUGGAUGAGUUACCUGAGCUGAUCAUGAUGAAGGAAAGUGAAAUUUUAUGGAGAAUUGAGUUCUUGGUGGGAAAAGGAAUUCCAAGAAAUGAGAUUGAACGGAUUAUUUAUUUGCAUCCAGGUUUUUUACAAGUUGGUGCUGAAGAUAGGCUGAAGCUAUUGUUUGAGGAGUUUCAAGAAUUGGGUUUUAGUGAAAAUGAAGUUUGCAAAGAGAUUGUUAAAGAGCCAAGAAUUCUGGGCAUGGAAUUGGGGAAGUUUUCAAGGUGUGUGCAACUUUUGAGAACUUUGAAAUGCCGUAUUCCAAUCAAGGAGAAGAUUUUUAGUGAGGGAGCAUUUAGAGCUGCAUUUGACGUGAAACUCAGAGUUGAUUGCUUAUGCAAACAUGGGUUAACUGGUAGAGAAGCAUUUAAGGUCUUAUGGAAAGAGCCUAGGUUGAUUGUAUACAACAUAGGUGACAUUGAGAAGAAGAUUGAGUUUUUGGUGAAUAGGAUGAACUGUGAAAUUGGCUGCUUGGUUGAGAUUCCAGAGUAUUUGGGUGUGAAUUUUGACAAACAAAUUGUUCCCCGUUUCAAAGUAAUUGACUAUUUGAAAUCAAAAGGUGCACUUGGCCUUAAGGUGGGGUUAAGGGAUUUGAUAAGGCCGAGUAGGCUGAGAUUCUAUAAUUUAUAUGUGAAGCCAUAUCCAGGGUGUGAAAAGAUGUUUGGCAGGUUUAUAGGAGAUGUUGAAGUUCAGAGGCAGCAUUUAGUUGGACUACGGAAAUCGUUUAAACCACAAAGGUACGCCGAUUCAAAAGAAGAUGUGAAAAAUAUGAAGUCAUUUGUGGAAUUGCUGGUGUAGGUGGAAGGAUUCCACUGUUCAAUUCCAUUUUAAUAAUCUGAGUUGAAAAUUUUAACUUAACAAAGACUGUUCCUUCUAUGGUCAUCAUGCACAAUGAAGAAACCAUAACCAUUCCUGGUGAAAUGUAUUAUAUCCAAGGAACUAUUUUUUUUUAUCCUAGUCAUCUCUGCUGCAUUCCAGGCCCCAUUCCAGUCCUCAUUACAUCUGAGGUUUUAUUUAAGAGUGAAUAUGAUGGCUAGGUAAUUAUCUAUUUUGUUAGGUUUAAAUACAUCAAAUGAGUUUGAUAUUUGUUGUUCAAGGGGCUGUAAUGGUGCUAGUGAAAGCACUGGAGUUUGAAGGUUCUGUUCUUCAGGCAAAAUCUUUAGCAAUUAAGCAUGCUUUGCAGUGGGUGGUUGAUAUGUGUUGGUAAUAAAAUCACAAGAAAGAUCUGAAAAUAAGUCAUUAUCACAUUA